AUGAUGCAUGGACCAUGUGAAGUAUUGAAUCCAUCAAAUGUUUGCAUGAAAGGAAAUCGUGGAUGCAAAAGUAAUUAUCCAAAGAAUUAUGCUUCUGCAACAACUGUUGGAAAUGAUUGCUUCCCAAUAUAUAGGCGCUCAAACAAUGGAAUGACUAUGAAGGUCCGAGGACAAAAUCUAGACAAUCGUUGGGUUGUUCCAUACAACCCGUAUCUCCUUGCAACAUUUGACUCUCACAUUAAUGUAGAGAUUUAUUCUACAAUAAAAGCAGUGAAAUAUCUUUACAAUUACAUUUAUAAAGGUCAUGAUCGUGUCGCUUUCAACUUGGUUUCUGAAACAAACAAUCAACAAGUUGAUGAAAUCCAACAAUUCCAGUCAGCCCGAUGGAUUUCUACCCCAGAAGCAGUGUGGUGA